AUGGCUGAGUCAAGACCUGCUGGUCAAACUAAAAGGCAAGAUGUAACUACACAGACAGUGGAAGUGGGGACAGGUAUCCUGGGAAGAGUAGAGAGAAUUGUUGACAAGAGGAAAAACAAGAAGGGAAAAACAGAGUAUUUGGUGCGAUGGAAAGGAUACGACAGUGAAGACGAUACUUGGGAGCCAGAACAGCACCUUGUUAAUUGUGAGGAAUAUAUACAUGAAUUUAACAGACGACACAAUGAAAAACAGAAAGAAAGCACAUUAACCAGGACAAACAGGACCUCUCCAAAUAACGCCAGAAAACAAAUUUCUAGAUCUACCAAUAGUUCUUUUUCAAAGACAUCCACUAAAUCUUUAGUUAUGGGUAAAGACCAUGAGCCAAAAAAUAAUCAACUAUUUUCUGCCACCCAGAAGUUCCGGAAAAACACUUCACCAUCUCUUUCUGGAAGGAAAAAUAUGGAUCUUGCAAAAUCAGGUAUUAAAAUCCUAGUGCCCAAAAGUCCAAUUAAGAGCCGGACAACAGUUGAUGGCUUCCAGAAUGAAAGCCCAGAUAAAAUGGAUCAUAUAGAGCAGGAUCAAGAAGACUCUGUAGCACCAGAAGUAGCAGCAGAGAAACCAGUGGGAGCUUUAUUAGGACCUGGUGCAGAGCGUGCUAGGAUGGGGAGCCGACCAAGGAUACAUCCAUUAGUGCCACAGUUGCCAGUGCCAGUAACAGCCACAAUUGCAUCAGCAUUAACAAUAAAUGGAAAAGGUACAUCCACCUUUAUGGAAGCAUUAGCAGCCAAUGGUACAACCACCAUACAGACAUCUGUAACAGGAGUGACAGCCAGCAAACGGAGGUUUAUUGAUGACAGGAGAGAUCAACCUUUUGAUAAGAGGCUACGUUUCAGCGUGAGGCAAACGGAGAGUGCGUACCGGUACAGAGACAUUGUUGUCAGGAAACAAGAUGGAUUUACACAUAUUUUGCUAUCAACAAAAUCAUCUGAAAAUAAUUCACUAAAUCCAGAGGUAAUGAAGGAGGUCCAAAGUGCACUGAACACAGCAGCUGCAGAUGACAGUAAACUUGUGCUGUUCAGCGCAGUCGGUAGCAUUUUCUGCUGUGGUCUUGAUUUUAUUUAUUUUAUACGACGUUUAACAGACGAUAGAAAAAAGGAAAGCACUAAGAUGGCAGAAGCUAUUAGGAAUUUUGUGAAUACUUUUAUUCAGUUUAAGAAGCCAAUCAUUGUAGCAGUAAAUGGCCCAGCCAUUGGACUUGGAGCAUCUAUAUUGCCUUUAUGUGAUGUGGUUUGGGCUAAUGAGAAGGCUUGGUUUCAGACACCUUACACUACUUUUGGACAAAGUCCAGAUGGAUGUUCAUCCCUCACAUUCCCUCGGAUAAUGGGCCUGGCUUCUGCCAAUGAAAUGUUGUUCAGUGGAAGGAAGUUGACUGCACAGGAAGCUUGUGCCAAAGGACUCGUCUCUCAAGUGUUUUGGCCGGGAACAUUCACACAAGAAGUAAUGGUUCGAAUUAAGGAACUUGUCACAUGUAAUUCAGUUGUACUUGAAGAAUCCAAAGCUUUAGUACGCAAUAUCAUGAAGAUGGACUUGGAACAGGCAAAUGAAAAGGAGUGUGAAGUGUUGAAGAAAAUCUGGGGCUCAGCACAAGGGCUGGACUCAAUGUUAAAGUAUCUGCAGAAGAAAAUUGAUGAGUUCUGA